CCUCGCUUAAAACCUUCAGCACUAGCACGUUGCUCCCUGCGCUGCUCUUCGGUCCACUUUUCCUAGCAGCUUUCUGAAACUUCCACAUCCAUUACUUCAACAUCUCCGUUCAGUUAAACAUCCCCAGACAUGGAGAAUUACCACAAACCCGACGAGAAAACUCUUCAGGGCCUGAGGAGCAUCGCUAACAAGCUAAGAAUUCACUCCAUCAAUGCGACAUGCGCCUCAAAUUCAGGACACCCAACAUCAUGCUGCAGCGCCGCUGAGAUCAUGUCUGUGCUGUUCUUCCACACCAUGCGCUACAAAGCCGACGAUCCGCGCAACGCCUGCAACGACCGCUUCGUUAUGUCUAAGGGUCAUGCUGCGCCCAUUCUCUAUGCAGCAUGGGUAGAAGCUGGCUAUGUGAAAGAGGCCGAAUUGCUUAACUUGCGCAAGAUUGACUGUGACCUUGAGGGCCAUCCUACACCUAAAUUGGCCUUUGUGGAUGUGGCUACGGGUUCCCUGGGCCAGGGUCUGGGAGCUGCAUGUGGGAUGGCUUACACUGCAAAGCAUUUUGACAAAUCCAGCUACCGUGUGUACUGCCUGCUGGGAGACGGCGAGUGCUCUGAGGGUGCCGUGUGGGAGGCCAUGGCUUUUGCGUCCCACUAUGGCCUGGACAACCUGGUGGCCAUUCUGGAUGUGAACCGCCUGGGACAGAGUGAGGCUGCACCUCUGAAGCAUGACAUGAAUGUCUAUCUUGAGCGCUGCAAGGCUUUCGGCUGGAACACGUGUGUGGUGGAUGGCCAUAAUGUGGAAGAGCUGUGUAAGCAGCUGUGGCAUGCAGAACGUUUUAAAGGGAAGCCCACUGCUAUUGUAGCCAAAACCUUCAAGGGCAAAGGUCUGAAAGGCAUAGAGGACCUUGAUAAUUGGCAUGGCAAGCCCAUCCCUAAGGACCGUGUGGAUGAGCUGAUUGGUCAUCUUGAGAACCAGAUCCAGACUUCCAGUAAACCCCUCCAGGCUGCACUACCUAAUGAGGAUGCAGCUCCUGUAGACCCAAGUCCCAUCUACCUACAGUCUCCUCCAGAAUACAAAUCUGGAGACAAGAUCUCUACCAGGAAAGCCUAUGGUGUUGCCUUAAAGAAGAUGGGAGAUGCCAGCCAGCGUAUUGUGGCUCUGGAUGGAGAUACCAAAAAUUCGACUUUCUCCGAGACCUUUAAGAAAGCCCAUCCUGAUCGCUACAUAGAGUGUUUUAUUGCUGAGCAGAACAUGGUAAGCGUGGCGAUUGGUUGUGCCACUCGAGAUCGCACGGUCCCGUUCGCCAGCACCUUUGCUGCUUUCUUAUCACGUGCCUAUGACCAGAUCCGCAUGGCAGCAAUUUCUCAGUCUAAUGUCAACCUGGUGGGCUCCCACUGUGGUGUCUCUAUUGGUGAGGACGGACCCUCUCAGAUGGCUUUGGAGGAUCUUGCGAUGUUCCGUGCUAUCCCAACAUGCACUGUGUUUUACCCUAGUGAUGGAGUGUCUACUGAGAGGGCAGUAGAGUUGGCAGCAAAUACAAAGGGUAUCUGUUUCAUAAGGACCAGCCGGCCAGACACAGCAGUCAUAUAUAAGGCAGAUGAGAAAUUUGAAAUUGGCAAAGCUAAGGUGGUGCGUCAGUCUAACAGUGAUCAAGUGACCGUGAUUGGAGCUGGUGUCACGCUGCAUGAGGCCCUUGCUGCACAUGACAUUCUGGCUAAGGAAGGUGUGAACAUCCGUGUAAUUGACCCGUUCACUAUUAAACCCCUGGACGCUUCUACAAUUGUGGCCAGUGCUCGGGCCACUCAAGGCAGAGUGAUCACGGUAGAGGAUCAUUACAAAGAGGGUGGUCUGGGCGAGGCUGUUCUGGCAGCAGUGGGAGAGGAACCGGGCGUCGUGGUCCAUCGACUGGCUGUGAGCCGAGUGCCCCAGAGUGGCAAACCCCAGGAGCUGCUGGACAUGUUUGGCAUCAGUGCUAAGUCUAUUGUGGCUGCAGUCAGAGGCACUUUUGCCAACUAAAUCCCUUUAUUCCCACCGGUCUUUCCUUCCUGCUGACCUACCGCUAAUACAACAGGCUUUUAAAUGCUUUUGGCCUGUAAUAAGUUCUUUCCCUGACUAGAGCACUGCGUUUAAUGACCUAAGAAAACCUGAAAAGGUUAAAAAAAAAAAAUUCUUUCUUGAUUCUUAAAGCUUUGUACAGGUUUUGAGUAACAUCUCUGGCAUUCUGGUUAUGUUACACAUUCAUCCUGACCGAUGAAAUGACCUUCAUAUAAUGGUUAGUCAUUUAUAAAAAUAUAUAAUUUGCUAAAUCAUGGUGCAGUGCUUAUGACCCAUCACUUUAACUUCUUUCCAUUUCAAUUCCUACAUUCCUCUUGCAUCUUUUUUUCCUGCAGUAUGAAUUACCUUCACUAUGAAGUAUUCACUGUCUUGGAGGGUAAAUUAUGGUUUCAGUUGAACUUCCUCACCGAGUGUGUGAGAGGAAUGCAUACCGAGGCGCUUGUAGGGUCUCUGAGUGCAUCUCCUCUGUUUAAGCUACCGUGUAUUUGCUUCGUUUGCAGCUAGUCUUGUGUCCCAGUGUGUCAUCUAUUUGCGUCAUGUUACUGAUCUGUCCAGAUCGUCAUUGGCUGUGUGAAUUCUCUGGAUCCGUCUGCCUUUACAAGCAGUAAUAAAGAUAACUGUUCACCCAC